AUGGUACUGCAUCUUGAUAGCUUUUGCAGAUAGACUGGACAACAUGUCUUGCCACACAAUCGUCUUUGCCCUUUUUUGCACCUUCGCCAUCACACACUGCUCUUCCAUGCCCGGAGGAAAAGUAGAUCAGAAUCCAACAGAUAAGAAGUUCAUGCAAAUAGCGUGGAAAGCUGCAAAAACGCUCAAUGAAGAUCGCGCUUUGAACCCAGGGCCAAAUGCGAUGAUGCCAAUAAAGGUUCUAAGGGCUCAAAGUCAAGUUGUUGCUGGAGUUAUAUAUAACUUAGAGGUCCUUUAUGGUGAAUCCGGUUGCAGGCUAGGGGGGGUUGACCUCAGCAGGUUGCAGUACGCUAAUUGCAGAGUGAUGAACAAUUGGAAAAAAGCUGUGUACAAGAUUCGCUAUUACUCCAAGCCCUGGGAGAACUAUGAGCAAAUUAAAGUAUGGAAAGCUUAA